GGCCUUCCCUCACCCACUAUAUAUACGAUUGUGUAUACAAAGUAAUAAUCACAUCCAAUGCAAGUCAGUCAUAUGUAAAUCUGCAAAAUCACACCAGUCACCAAGCUUACAUCUAGAAGCAAUCAACACAGUAUAAUAAAGUGAAAAGGGUGAAAUGGAUGUUAAGGAGCUAAACCUAGAAGAACUUCAACAUGAGCAUCCACUCACGCUAGUAGAUUUGCAACUGAUACAUCGAGACUACAUAGAAUAUGAUGACGAGUAUGAUGCCAACGAUUUGAUCAUGAUGCAAAACUUUAAGUGCAUAUGUAACAGGUGUGACAGACGAAUUGACUGGUACCACCGUUAUUACUACAAGUGUAGCAUGUCGUCCUGCACUUAUUCACUCCAUAAAUUUUGUGAAGAAAUACCACCAACCUUAAAAUUCCAAGGUCACCCUUCUCAUACUCUUAUCCUUAAAAGAACAACUAACGAUAAGAAAUGUUGCGCUUGUCUCAAAUAUCAUCGAGAUGGCAUUUGUUAUCAUUGUUCAACAUGCAAUUAUGGAAUCGAUCUACUUUGUGCCACAUUUGUGGAGCAAAAUACGAUUCAUCACCCUGUCCACCCACACCCAAUGAUCUCUGUUAGUGUUGAACCCGGUUUAAACAAGUGCUUUGCAUGUGGGAAAAAACAUGAAGGGCAUUUCUAUCACUGCACCACUUGUUUUAAGUUCUCAAUCAAUUUCGACUGCCUUUCCCUUCCUUUUAAGUUAUCACUUCAAACUCAACAGUUUAACCAUCGCCACCUGCUCACCCUUUCAUAUUCACUUCUAGAUCAACCAUAUGAUUGCGAAUGCAGGAUUUGCGGUGUGAAUGUAGAAGAUGAACAUUUGAUUUACAAGUGCAGUAAAUGCAUGUAUUAUGUUCACCCAGAUUGUGCAACGCAAAGGAUAGAGCCUUUCUUGUCCGACUUCUUGCCCGGCUUAGGAAAAACAGAAAAAAAUUUCAAAGAUAUUGAUCAUCCCAACCUUGUUCACCUACCUGUCGAUGAUGAAUCACACAUCCUAUCACGUCAAAUAUUUGAAGGCGAGCCUUGGGUGCAAGAAAGAGAUAAAAAUGACUUACAUUCGAGGCAUCGGUAUCCAUUAGUCGUAAUAAAUAAUGACACAAGCACCCCUCUUCACGACCCAAUGAAGAGGAUUAAACUAUUAUGCAAUGUAUGUUCCAGACCAAUUACAAAAAUGCCAUUUUACAAAUGCCCUGCUGAGGACGAUGAUAGUUGCGACUUCGUUGUCCACAACUGGUGCACCCAGUUACCUAUACAACUACAAAACCCUGUGGGUCACCCAAAACAUAAGCUUGAGCUUUUUGACUUUAAUAAUAUCACUGUUGGAAUCAAAUGUGAUAUUUGUGGAUUGCCUUGCAAUGGAUUGAUAUACGCUUGCAAAGAUUGCGAUUACGUCAUUGAUGUUAAUUGUGCGUUUAUGCCUAAAGAAAUUACACAUGAAGCACACGCGAAUCACUUACUUACAAGAAUAGAUGGUGCAUCAUCAAGUCGUAGCAGUGUAUCGAAGAUGGAAUGCCGUGCAUGCCGUGUGAGUAUUGCUAAAAGUGAGAGUUAUUAUAGAUGUAAUGCCUGUGAUUUUUAUUUGCACUGCCGAUGUGCUUUGUAUUUACCUAAAACAAUUAGGCAUAAGUAUGACAAGCACCCCCUACAGUUGAGCUACUCCCCAGUUGAGGAUCACAAAAGUCGAUACUUCUGUGAAGUUUGUGAGGAGGAGCUUGAUCCUGGAAAGUGGUUUUACCAUUGUGCAGAGUGCGCACAAUCCAUUCACUCCGCAUGUGCUCCGUUAAUGCUUCAGUCAGAACAAGGUGCUAAUUCUCUCUCUGAUUCGGAAGGUGUUUAUAAGUACAUUAACAUCAAGUUUCGGGACGUUACAGAUGUUCUGUGGUUUCACCGACAUCCUCUGUCACUUGCUCCAGGGACUGAAAACGAUGGUUUAUGCAAAGAGUGUGGAAACAAAUUGCAAUCCCAUUUGAUCUGGAAAUGCUUACAUUGUAACUUUGGUGUUCAUUGUUACCAUCAUUCUCCAAAAGUGUAUGCGGGUGACCGAAGUCUAAUGUAUAAAUAUGAAGAAAACAAGCGUAUAAUAAAGCACCGUGGGCCUCAAACAAACUUCGAAUUCUACCCAAGUGAAAUGAUCAGACCGGAGACCCGUGAUUGGAAGGUUGUUGACAAUAGGUGAAGCAAUAAUUCUUGUCACCAAUUGACUAUAAGUAAAUAGUUUCAUUUACUAUAAGUGACUGUUGAAAAAUGUAAUACGCUUUCAUACUUUGUCUCUACAUUACAUCCAAUAUAAUAGAGCUAGCGAUUACUUCUCUUC